AUGCAAGGCUUGCUGGAAGCUUUGGCAAAUUCCAAGUUUACGGUUAAAAACCAAGCCUUCAUUGAUUUCCCCUCCCCUGAGAAUCAAUGCGCCGGAGAGGAGCGCAAUGGUGGAGCAAUGGUGCAGUAUUUAUUGAAGAGAUUGGUCAGAUAUUCAUCGAGAACCUCUAUCUUAGACUGCCUGCUCGGAAGCUUGGCAGGGCAUAUUCCAACAGCAGCUUCCAGAUUGGGAAGUGGUGGCUAUGGCGGAGGAUUUGCCUUCACAUCAAAAUUGGGCGUAGCAAGGCGGAAGUUACAACUUUUGUCAUUUCGCCAUUUCACAGAGACUUCGCGGAUCAUGAUUAUCUUCUCGUUAAAUGUUGAGACGCACAAAGCCCCGUCUGUGGGAGGGAGGAUGGAUGUGAUUGGCUUGGUGAUGAUGUUGGUGACCAUCAGCUGUUGUCAGGCGCGGAGACAGAUGGGCGGUUAGCUUGAUUCUUAGCUUGGGUGAAGAGGGGUUUAGAGAUGAGGGGAGGAGGUAUGUGGAACUGUGUGUGUGUGUGUGUGUGUGUGUGUGUGGGUG